AGAAUCUGUGCGACUUAAAGAUACAAAAUCCAGUUUCGUCUUCGUCUAAUCAUCUAUAUCCACCCUCUGUUUCUGCAAAACAUGUCACCAACAGCUAUCUUAAACCCUCGAAUUCCAAACUUCACUCCCCCAUUUCCUUUAUCCUCCUCACUACCCAAGCUCUCUCAACUUCAUUUCCUCAACUUACCCCUAACUUUUCACCAAAAGACUUUUCAGUCCCAAAUUCCUUCCCAUUCUCUCCAUUUCCAGUCCUAUCAACCCCAAUUCCCCAUCGAAGACGAAGAUGAAGAAGAAGAACACGUAAUCGGCGACUGCUUAGUCUUCGAAGAAGGAGUUUUCGAAGACCCUUUUAUUAUCCAGAAACCCGAAAAUAAACCACAAACACAAAACAACAAGAAAAAAACAGAAAUUCAAUCCGAAAAUUUAAUUCCGGAUGAAUGGGUCGAAGUUCAGAGGGAAAUUAAUAUUACGAAAAAGGAAAGGCGUAAACUUGCGCAGCAAUUGGAAUUUGGGCAACGCGUGGAGAAAAAGAGACUAGGUUUGAGGCCAAUUGGUGAAAACGGUAAUGUGAGUGGGAAUAGCAUUGAGGAGUAUUUAAAAGCGAGGGAAGAAAAAUUGAAGCAAUUGAAACCGCUAAUACUUGAAAAACCAGAUUUUUCGGAGGUUAAUAAAAGGGAUAAGAAAGAUGUUGAAUUGAGUGAAAGUGAAGAGGAGAGCUCCGUUUUGAGGGUUUCGAGUGAAAGGGUAAUGCCAAGGAAUCCAAGAUCAGCGGUUUAUGGUGGUGGAUUGGAAGAUAUUACGGAGUUUUUCAAUAGUGGGAUUUAUGAAGCCAAUGCCGCUAAAACUUCUGAAGGUCCUCGUAAGCUGUUUAGUAAAGAAGAAAAGGUCCUGUUAAACAAGCGGUUUCCUGAUUUGGCAACUGCUACCUCUGCGAAAUGGCAGCCCUUACAUACUCUAGCGGCCUCCGGGGAGUUUUACCUUCUCACCACUUUGUUGAAGCACGUCGUUGAUAUUAAUGUUCCAGACAAGGAUGGAUUGACAGCUAUCCACAAAGCAAUUCUUGGCAAGAAGCAGGCUAUUUUCAACUUUCUUUUAAGAGAAUCUGCAAAUCCACUUAUACGUGACAAAGAUGGAGCCACCUUGAUGCACUAUGCUGUUCGAACGGCAUCGACUCAGAUGAUAAAAAUCCUUCUCUUGUAUAAUGUUGAUAUAAACCUCCAAGAUCAUGAUGGAUGGACACCUUUACAUCUAGCUGUUCAAUCACGGAGAACUGAUAUAGUGAGGCUUUUGUUAAUUAAGGGAGCUGAUAAGACUCUAAAGAACAGGGAUGGUCUAACGCCACUUGACAUUUGCCUCCAUUAUGGGCGAGACAUAAGGACCUAUGAGCUUAUCAAGUUAUUGAAACAACUUCCCAAGGUUCAUUAGUUGGUCUUACCUAAAUAUGCAGCUGCUAAAUACGAAAUUUGCAGAACACCAGCGGGUUGCAAGCGCCAGCUUUGCCGUUGGCUCUCGCUUGUGUUGCACCCGAUAGUUAUUGGUACACAACACUUGGCCCUUGGAUUGUCCCAAAAAGCGGAUUCAUGUUUAUGCUUACACUGUUAGAGAAGGAAAUUUCUCUUUUUAAUUUCUUCACGUUGUACUAACAGAAUGUGCACUAUAGCAAAGUGUAAAUAGAACUGUAUAUUGUUAUUAAACACAUAUUGUACUCCAUUAAAAUCCAGAUUUUCCUGUUGAAGAUUGAGACUAA